UAGAAUGAGUGCAGAUUAUGACAGUACUGAUACAAACAGCCUACUGGAAGAAAAGUUUUCGAAAAUAUCAGCAUCACUUGACAAAGUUAAAAAUCAGCUACCUGACAUCAUUGCGAAGACAUCUGACAGUCAACUUAAAAACGGCCUUAGUUUGAACCAAUUAAAAAACACAGCUCUGAUUAUGCAUAAUGUUAACCUGCUUUAUCUGAUUAGAGAGAAGCUCAGAGGAAAUGCAAUCAAAGAUUCGCCUACAGUUGAGCGACUAAUCGAGUCACGGGUGAUAAUGGAGAGGAUGAAGCCCCUAGAGCUGAAAUUGAAGUACCAAAUGGAACGACUUCUGAAGGUGUCCAAUGACGUCAAAGAGGAUAACAAUUCCUCAAACAGUCGAAACUCGGCUUUAAAUUUCAGACCCAAUUUGUCGAAAUUGAUGCAGAGAAAAAAUGCCUCAAAUAAUGAUGAUGAUGAGAACUCGGAUGAUGAAGAUGAAGAUGAGCUAGAUUCUGAGAUUGAAGGUGUCAAUCAGGGCGACGAUGGAGAUGACAGCGAAGAGAGGGAGAGUCGGAAAAUAUCUCAGAAGAAAGGAAUCGACAGGGCGAAGGAGCAACUGAGACAGAAGAAGGCGGAGAAGUCAACCGGGGGCAAAUAUGUACCCCCUAAAGUGGUGCCUAUGCCUUACACUCAAGAUUCCGAGGGUGGCCGAGGAAGUAAGAAGGAGGAGCAGCGGGAGUUUAUGAAGAGGUACAACUCGAGUGUGAUGCGCGAAUUGAGGGAGGAGUUCUCGGAGACCCCUCAGGAGUACAGUGAGGUACCUGGGGGUGCAGCCACAGCCGCCAAGUACAGGAAGGUCGAACAGUUGAUGAAAGUGCGACAACAGCACGAGGAGGAAUACAUGACUAGACUUCCUGCCCUGAAGAGUAUGAAGAAGAUGACUCAGAUCAGAGGUCUCUCAGAGAUAGAUCGCAUGGUUGGAUCUCUCAGUUCCCUCAAUGGAAAAGGGAAGAAAAGGAAAGGAGCGAAGAAGUCAAUGGGAGGCGGAAAGAGGUUCAGAAAGCCACAGAAGUUCAAGUCGAAAAAACGAUAGUUUUUUUAUUAACUCAGAUUCAACUUUGUUUUGUUGGUUUUUGAACUCGAGCAGUUUGAUGCAA